CUCAUUCAUUCAUCACCAACCAUCAACUUCAUCACUCUGUAAAAACCACCUCACGAACUUCCCGAACAUUCAACAACAAACCCAGCUCAGUGAAAUUCUCCAAAAUAACAAAACACCCAAUCAAAAUGACCCAACAACCCAUCCUCGCUUUCACAUCCUCCUCCAACUCCCCACCAAAAACCACACCCAACCUCCUCCCCUGCCGCAUCCACCACUCCGGGUCCGUAGAACCUACCGACUCGUUUUGGAGCCCUCAUCAUGAACAAGAUGGUAAUCUCAAAAUAGCCUACUUCCGCGGCCGCAAACUCCACGGCAAGACCCUCCCUCUACCAGAAGGAUACAAGGGUGUAGUUGCUUCCAAGGUCUCCCCUAAGCAACAAACCACAAAUCAAAAACCAAGGCUAGCGCAUGAAAUGUCUUUUGUCAUGGAGAAUGAUGAACCGGAAGUCAUCGACCUCGAUUCUGAAGCUGGGAGUGGGGGGCAAGAACCGGAAGUGCAAGUGCAAGUGGGAGGGGCGAUGGAAGUCCAAGCGGAGUUUGAGGAGGUGGUGGUUUGGGGACAUGAGCAUUUGGCGGAUGCGGGAGGGGAUGCGUAUGUGAGGGGGGUGGAGGAGUGGGUUGGGUUUGCGGAACGGGUUCAUUCUUUUUGA